AUGCCUUCAAGAAAAAGCAUCGCAGAUGCCCUUUCCCGACUGAAGAAGAUACCUGCUUCAGACAAGUCCGUGGAAGAUGAUGGAUAUGCACGCAUGAUAGCUCUACAUGUUGUCCCUGCUGCAAUGAGAAUCAAAGAGAUUGAACAAGUCUCAGCACAAAACUCUGAGCUGCAAGCACUCAGGAAUUGCCUCAUCGAAGGGAAAUGGGACAAUGCCGCAGAGCAGUACUUGCCAGUGCGCAAUGAGUUGACUGUUAUUGGGCAGAUAAUUCUCCGGGGGACAAGAAUUGUUAUACCCCAAGCACUUCGCAAGAGAGUCGUCCGUUUGGCAAACGAGGGUCACCAAGGAGUCAUAAAGACAAAGGAGAGACCUAGAACAAAGGUCUGGUGGGCUGCUAUGGAUCGUGAUGCCGAGAAAAGAUGUGAAUGUUACGGGUGCCAGAUGGUUACCAAGAACGUUCCACCCUCACCAUUAAAGUCAACAGCAUUAGUCAACCAACAAUGGGAAGAAGUAGCUGUGGAUCUAAUGGGUCCGUUACCUCCGGGAGAACAUUUGUUAGUUCUCAUUGAUUAUUGCCGCCGGUGGAUAGAAGUUGAUUUUAUUCGAACAACUUUCAGCAAAACCAUCAGUCAUUUCUUGGAUGCCCAAUUUGCAAGACAUGGGUUGCCUAUAGGUCCGCGUACUGACAAUGGCUCAAAUCUUGUCUCUAAAGAAGUAGAAGAUACCUGA